GGCAACUGUGUCCCGCUAUGAGUCGCACAAGAUCUUGGGAAAUGGAGUCCAAGCUGCCCUGAAAAUUAACGGCCCCGGUUAACCUUGAGACUCCAUUCCCCAGCAAGCUCAGCGUGUAGCAUACAGCAUGGAGCCGCAAGUCGCUGAGCUGAAGCAGAAGAUUGAGGACACGUUGUGCCCUUUUGGCUUCGAGGUUUACCCCUUCCAGGUGGCAUGGUACAAUGCAGUCCUGCCUUCAGCCUUCCACCUGCCCCUGCCAGGACCUACCCUGGCCUUCCUGGUACUCAGCACACCUGCCAUGUUUGACCGGGCCCUCAAGCCCUUCCUGCAGAGCGGCCACCUCCAACCACUGACUGACCCUGUGGACCAAUGUGUGGCCUACCACCUAGGCCGUGUUAGAAAGAGCCUCCCAGAGCUGCAGGUUGAAGUUAUCGCUGACUACGAGGUACACCCCAACCGGCGCCCCAAGAUUCUGGCCCAGACAGCAGCCCAUGUGGCAGGGGCUGCUUACUACUACCAACGACAGGAUGUAGAGGCUGACCCCUGGGGAACCCAGCGUAUAUCAGGUGUGUGCAUACAUCCCCGAUUUGGGGGCUGGUUUGCCAUCCGAGGGGUAUUGCUGCUGCCAGGAAUAGAAGUGCCUGAUUUGCCACCCACUAAACCCCUCGACUGUGUGCCAACAAGAACUGACCGAAUCACCCUGCUUGAAAGCUUCAAUUUCCAUUGGCGUGACUGGACGUACAGGGAUGCUGUGACACCCCAGGAGCGCUACUCCGAAGAGCAGAAGGCUUACUUUUCCACACCACCUGCCCAGCGCUUGGCCUUGCUGGGCUUGGCCCAACCCUCAAGGGAGCCUAGUUCUGCAUCCCCUGAGCUUCUCUUUACCACACUGAUACCCAAGUCACAGAAUCUCAGCAGAGCCAGGGGGUGGCUCAGCCCCAGGGUCUCACCACCUGCAUCCCCUGACCCUUGAUACCCUCCUCACCUGUAGGAUCCCUAUUUAUACCAAUGGUACUUGCUAAGACUUACCUGGCUUUGGCAAGGCAAAGGUUUUAUUUUGGCUAAAAGAUGAUUACUUUUGAUAAAAGAAUUAUAGUAGAGAUCUUCAAUGAAGAUAAUGAGGCUCAGAAGUCUGGUCAAGACAUUAAGAAAUCCAAGACUAAUAAAUCAAUAUUAGUUAAUAUUUCAAUAGGAUAAAAGACAAAGGCAGGUUCUGAAUUCCCACCUGCCUUGGCAUAUGGAAUUAUUGCCUGUUACCAUUAGUCUGCAGUGCUACAUGUCACAAGGACAAAGGGGUAUUUAUUGCCUGUUACCAUUUAUCUGCAAUGCUCCAAGAUACUAGAUAUAGGGCAUAAGGGACAACCAAUCCUCUAAGCAAUAGUAUAAAUAAAUAAUGUAUCAUA